UUAUCAUCAUCUCAUCAUCUCCAUCAUGAAGAUGCUGACUGUUUCUGCACUUGUUUGUGCCAUGAUGGCUCUGACUCGAGCUGCUGCUCUUCCAGAGGCAAACCCCGAAAAUGCCCAACAAGCAAAGAGUCACCUGGUCAAGAGGUCGACAGCUUGUUCUGGUCGCUGGUCUGAGUUCAGCGGUCGCUGUUUCCACUACGUUCCAAAACCCAUGACUUGGGCCCAAGCUGAGAAAAACUGUGAGUCCAUGGGUGGAAACCUUGCGUCCGUUCACAACCUGCUGGAGUACCAUGAGAUUCAGAGGCUGAUCAUGAGCGCAAGUUAUGAGAACAAAGAAACAUGGAUUGGAGGCUCGGAUGCACAAGAGGAGAACCAGUGGUUCUGGAUUGAUGGUACACCUUUUAACUACUUGAACUGGUGUGGUGGAGAGCCUAAUAAUCACGGCGGCAGGCAGAACUGUUUGCAAAUGAAUCAUGGAGAUCAAAAGUGCUGGGAUGACUAUCAGUGCGCCUUUCGAAGACCGUCUGUCUGUGCCAAGAAGAUCUGAUGAUUCCUGUGCUGUAACAGAGUCAUGUAGGCUUCCGUCUUUCUACCAUGAGCCUCACAUACAAGCUGAAGUCUCUAUAUCUCAUUUCAUAUCUAUUAUUGCUUUAACGCCACUUAAAGAACGAAGCGACAAGUGACAUAAACUGGAGCUGGAUUGUCUCUUAGGCCUUGUGCCUUUAAAAAGAGCAGGCUGAAUGUGUUAUGAAAAGACUGCUUCUGGAACAUUCUUGCAAACAGUAUAAUCUGUAAAAUGAUAUUUCUUUGUACAAGAAUAAAAGGCUCAAGCACUGGAA